UGCUUGGAUACAUUUCACUUAGCCUUAGAUAGUAAACAUGGAAAGCUUAUUAAUCAUGCUUUAAGUGGCUUUCAGAGAAUGAUUUGGGAUAAAAGCUUCCAGUCAGUUUUUGAAAGUGAUAAGGAAGAGCACUGGUUUCCUUUGCAAUUGAUGAGAGCUGUUCAGCCCUUUUCCACCCAUUCAGAUGAUGUUCAAGUGGAAAUAUUAAAAGUUCUUCUCAAUAUGACCUGCACUCAUGGACAAAGUUUAACUUCUACAUCAAUAACUAUGUUAAUAUCUAUUUGCUUAGAAGCUUAUGGCAAUGGAAAUACUGCUGUAAGAACUGCUGCCCAAGCUACUGUCAACCAAACGCUGACAUCAUUCUGUGUUAUGUUACAAGAAACAGAUGCUGAAGCUGAGGAUCAAAUUGAUGAUUCUGAUGCAGAAAAUGAUUUCAACCCACUGGAAAGUCUUGUAGAAGAAUUAUAUCCGGUCUUACAUUUUACUUGUGAAAAAUUGAAAGAUAAUAGAAAUAUGACUCGUACCAUGGGAACUCGUAAACCUGUUGCAGCUUUGCUUUUACAAUGUGUUUUGUCUGUGCUUAAGAAUAUAAAAGUUGAUAUCCAUGAAAGUUCUGAAUUUAUAAAUUUCUUGUGGCAAGAACUGUGCCCCCUUCUUGUUGCUUUACUUGGCUCUCCGAAAACUGAUAAAAAUAUUGUGUCAUCUCAGAAAAGCUGCGAAGGUACAGAAAUUGGAAGAGGAUCUGGUUGUUUAGCUGCUGCUCCGUCAUGCCAAAGCAUGGAAGCAAAAACUAUUUACAGUAUCGCUAUAGAACUUGUGAGACUGACCGGAAGCAUUGGAUCACUGCGCCCUGUUUUGGAGUCUCUGUUUCAUCGCAUGCUUUUAUAUCUUCCUAUUCAGCAUAGACUUGAAGCUCUUAAAGCCGUCAAAGAGCUAUUUUCAAAGCCAGAAUUACUUCUAGAAUUAGCAGCUCCUCCUCUCCAUGCUACUAGUGAUAAAGAUUGGAUAUCAUUGGAUUUAGAUCUGAUUAAAAUCUGCAUUGAUUCUCUUGGUGAAUGUUGUCACAGCAGUGAUAAUAACGUAUGUUAUGCAAGUGUUAGUUGUGUUUCAAGUCUAUUAAAAAGUUUGGAGCAAAUAAAUAAUGGUGAAAAGAUCAAAGAAGAUUUCGUAGUAAGCAUCAAUUCUCAGUUUAGAACUCUUGAAAGUGCAGAUUAUAAAGGUGCCAAAUCUGAGCGAUGGUUGAAAACAAAAUUAAGAAAUUUGCUUGCUGAUAAAGAAAAGAAAGUGCUCUGUAAAUCUGAUAAGGCAGACACUGUAGAUGAUUUACAGUCCUCUAAUGAAAAAGACCAUGAAGAUAAUGUUAUAAAAAGUUCACCUGCUAGUUCUGAUGAAGGUGAUUCAAGUGAUGAAUUAGACAAGCCUAUGAAAUCAGAUGAAUCAUUUGAAAAUGAUAAGAAAGAAAGUAACGACACUCAAGAAGAAAACCAAACUGUGGAAAGCAAAGAGUUGUUGGAUGAUGAAGAGCCUAAUUCAGAGUUGUCUGAAGAUGAUGUGCAAGAGAAAAUAGAUUUACAGUUAGAUGUACAAAAUGAUGAGAAUCUUCCAAACUUUUGCAAUGCACAAGAAAUUGUGUCCCCUGUUACAGAAAGUGCUGAAGAUGCCUUGGCGUAUGUAUCUUCAUCUUCAAGUGAAGCAACAAUAGAUGAUAUUGAUGAAGAUGUGGACGUGGAUCCAGAAGAGGAAUUGGAUCGCUUAAGAAAAAUUCCGAAAACGCUGCUUGGAGAAGAAGAUGCAGGUUUAUGGCAGUCUCAACAAACUAUGAAAGAAGCUACUGAUAGUGAUGUUAUGUCUCAUAUUACAAUCCUGAAUGCUGAUGGUAUAUAUUUGGCCUUAUAUUCGGCACUGCUAUUAAAUUUGAAACUCAUUCGAAAAAAUUAUUACAGAGAUCCUUCAUGUGACAUACCAUUAACAGAAGAACAAUUUAUUGAAGAAGUUCAUGGCAGUGGUGUUUUAGUUUACCUUUCUGCUGUUUGGCUUGCUGAGUUAUAUCAACAAGUUCUGGCCACGAAUUUGCUUGAAGAAGCUGGUUAUAAACCUGUGUCAUUAGAAAAUUAUGCUCUGGUGAAUCUGCUAUCUGGUUUGCUCUUUGGUACUGAUGCAUGGUGGAUUCACAAUAUUUCAGAUGUUGAUGGCCUAGGAAAUUCUUUCCCAGGUGCUCAGCAGUUAGCUGACUACAGACGCUUAGAGAGAGCUAUAGUGAACACCCAAUCUACUCCUAAUGUUGAUGCAGAAAAUUUUCUUAAAAUGGAAGAUAUCUUGGGAAAAAUUAUGAAAGAUGCUUCCAGCACAAAGCAUGCUGCUGUUAAACAAUCAUGUCUAGAAUCUCAAGACACUGUAGAUGAUUUACAGUCCUCUAAUGAAAAAGACCAUGAAGAUAAUGUUAUAAAAAGUUCACCUGCUAGUUCUGAUGAAGGUGAUUCAAGUGAUGAAUUAGACAAGCCUAUGAAAUCAGAUGAAUCAUUUGAAAAUGAUAAGAAAGAAAGUAACGACACUCAAGAAGAAAACCAAACUGUGGAAAGCAAAGAGUUGUUGGAUGAUGAAGAGCCUAAUUCAGAGUUGUCUGAGGAUGAUGUGCAAGAGAAAAUAGAUUUACAGUUAGAUGUACAAAAUGAUGAGAAUCUUCCAAACUUUUGCAAUGCACAAGAAAUUGUGUCCCCUGUUACUGAAAGUGCUGAAGAUGCCUUGGCGUAUGUAUCUUCAUCUUCAAGUGAAGCAACAAUAGAUGAUAUUGAUGAAGAUGUGGACGUGGAUCCAGAAGAGGAAUUGGAUCGCUUAAGAAAAAUUCCGAAAACGCUGCUUGGAGAAGAAGAUGCAGGUAAAGAAGAGAGGGAAAGGAUUGAAAAUUUAUGCCGUGCCAGACUAGAAUUUGCAAUUCAAGAAAGACAGAAUGCUCGACGUUUUGUGAAAGUUUUCCAGUCAUUUUUGCCUGAAUUACUCUCGAUUCGUAGCUCAAUUGAAACUGAUCAGGCCCUGCAAGAAUUUUCUUCAAAAUACUGUGAAGGUUUAUGGCAGUCUCAACAAACUAUGAAAGAAGCUACUGAUAGUGAUGUUAUGUCUCAUAUUACAAUCCUGAAUGCUGAUGGUAUAUAUUUGGCCUUAUAUUCGGCACUGCUAUUAAAUUUGAAACUCAUUCGAAAAAAUUAUUACAGAGAUCCUUCAUGUGACAUACCAUUAACAGAAGAACAAUUUAUUGAAGAAGUUCAUGGCAGUGGUGUUUUAGUUUACCUUUCUGCUGUUUGGCUUGCUGAGUUAUAUCAACAAGUUCUGGCCACGAAUUUGCUUGAAGAAGCUGGUUAUAAACCUGUGUCAUUAGAAAAUUAUGCUCUGGUGAAUCUGCUGUCUGAUGUUGAUGGCCUAGGAAAUUCUUUCCCAGGGGCUCAGCAGUUAGCUGACUACAGACGCUUAGAGAGAGCUAUAGUGAACACCCAAUCUACUCCUAAUGUUGAUGCAGGAAGAAAGUUCAGUCGAAGAAUUUUGACUUGUUGCUGGGAUACAAUGCUAGAAGUUCUCUCAGUUUUAUUAAAUGGUACCAAUUCAUGUGGUAUAUCUAGUACUAUAGGUUUCCUUCUUGGUACAGAAGGAGCAAAAGAGGAACACAGAAGAACUAAAGAUGCAAUUGCAGAAAAUUUAGAUGGAUUACAAAGAGCAGCGAAAUUAUGUAAUAUUCUUGGUUUACAAUCAAACUGCAGUGCUGUAUUUGCUCAACUAGCCAUUGCAUCAUGUCCUUUGUCUGAGGAUACUAUUUUCCCUAAGCUUUCAAAGCUUGAAUAUCAUCAGCAUUUCAAGAAGUCCUUAAUCCCUGGCAGAAGUAAAACUUUGCGUUUACAUGCCUCACAAAUUCUGAGCAUGGAUGUUAUUUUAAGCAGAGGCCUUGAGUUGGGAAGUCACAGCCCUGAUUGCUGGAAAUAUGUAUUUCAGUGUUGCCUUUUUGUUAUCCAGUUAGAAAAUACUUAUUUCAGUGGCCAUGGUAAUAUUCAGUCUGUUGUUUCUCGGCCUGUUCUCCAAACUAUGAAUCAUUCUGAUGGAUUUGAAUCAUCUUCGUCAAGUAACAAUUAUCUUGAUUUAUCCUCCAUGCCUGGAUCAUCAGUACCUCCGAAACUUGAUGUAAAUGAUAUAAUUAAUCCAAACAGAGGCUUUGCACACACUUCAGAUGUUAUAAAAGAUCAUCAGUUGCUGGAAGCUAUUGAAGCUCUUUCCCAGCAAGUAGACAGGUUGUUUGAAGAAGCCGCUAGCAGGCUGAACCUAUCUGCAUUAAUAAGUUUUCUUGUAGAGCUUUGUGCUGCUAGUCAAGUUCAGCUGUUCACACAAAAUUACUCCAGAUUUGCUUCUUCUAGCGGCCAUGGUAGUAAUUUAUUGUUGUAUCAUUUAGGCGAUGUAAUGUUGAGGUGUGCCAGAGGUGGAAGACCGUUAAUACAUGUAAUGAAAGCCUGGAGUGUGGUUGCUCCUCAUUUUGUUGAGGCAGCUUGCCACAAGGAUAGCAUGAUAUCAAAGAAAGGAGUUACAACUAUUCAUGAUAUUGUGAGCGCUCUUCUGUCUUCAAAUUCUGAACUUCCUCAUUUUCAUUUUAACGAAGCACUCUUCAAACCAUUUGAAAAUUUAUUGUGUCUAGAGCUAUGUGAUACUGACAUUCAAGAGCAGAUUGUCAGUUCUAUAUGUGAAUUUGUAGAAGGUUGUUGCACUGAAAUACGUUCUGGAUGGAGACCUUUGUUUGGAGCUUUGCGAGCUGUUAGAAUUCCUAGUAUUUCAGCUGAUAUCAAUGAAUCAGGCAUUGAAAAAGAGCACAUUCACCACCUGAGAGUUGUAUUGGAUGUUUUUGAAGCAUUUCUUCGAACAGAUAACGUGUUUGUGUUUGCUUAUGCUGCUGUUGACUGUCUUCUGUGCUUGCUAAAGCAUGUAAAAGGACCUGCAGAGUUGCAAGAUACGUCUGAGGUUGAUUGUAAUACGCACAAUGUUCCUCUUGAUAUGUGUUUAGCUGCCUUAAAAUAUUUGGAAAAAUGCUCUGCAAUACUGUCUUCCAUGUACACAAUACCUACUUGUCCAGUUUUUAAUUCAGCUAACAGGAUACAAUUGCAUUCUGAGCCGAAUCUUGUGGAUCCUACUAUUCCUGAAAUGGAAAUAAUAUACUUUAAAGAUCCAGAAGAUAUGUCUGAUGCUUCUGGAAAUUUUAACGAAGAUCCUAUGGAGCUCAAAGAAAGUGAGUCCUCAGUUUCAUUACAAAGUCUGGAAAAACACACAGGAAUUAUUCAUGUAUGGUUUCUGCUCCUUGAAGGACUGGCAGGAUCUUUAGCUACAUGUCCAAAACAAUAUCAAUCCCAUACAAUGGAAUCCUUAUUUAAUAUGUUUAGAAACCUAAAAGAAGUUCCAGGUCCAGAAUUUGGAAUAUAUUGUGUCAAUCAUUUGCUACUUCCCAUGCUUCAGAAUUGGUUACGACGAACUACUAAAAUAUAUCGUGGUUGGGAAAAUUUUGCCACAAAUUUUAAACAAUGCUGUGGCUUAGCUACAGACUUAAUUGUUGAUUACAUCCAAAAUCUUUCAGAAUUAUCCACAAACCUACUGUCAAAAAGAUCUGGGGCUUUUAUGAUGAUCCAGCAGUUAUUUUUAGUUUUGACUGAGUGUAUUGCUCAACCAAUGGAAGUCAUAUCACGACUUGGAUGUGCUUGUAUCAGGCACAUGAUAAUGAGUGCUGGGAAGUAUUUUACACCUGAAAUAUGGAACAUCAUUUGCAUAAAUUUAAAAAGAUGUUGCAGUGUUAGUCUUCAUGAUAUUAAGCAGUUAAUGGCUAGUUUUCAUUCAGAUUCGGAUAAUUUUUAUGGGGAUAUUGGUGAGGUGAAAGUUGCUGCUCGGAGAGACACCACUGUUCAAGAAUCUGAAAGAUUGAGACAAAUUUCACACCAGGUUUUUCUUUUGGAUUGUCAGCAAAGCUCCAUCCAAAGCAGUGGAUCAGUGUGCAAAGAAGAUGAUGAACGGACAUAUACAUUUUUGCUUUUUCCUCCUAAUCAUCAGCAAGAUGAUCCAGACUCAUCAGUUAUUCGUGUCCCAUUCUGCAGUUUGGUUGUUGGGCUGCUGUCUCAUCAAAUUCUAUUACAAACAUUAGGUUCAAUGCUCCUACAGGGAACAAAAUAUAUGCUGCCUACAUUGAUGACCCUACUACCAUCAGAAAAAAGCUUAGAUUUACCAAAUGAAGUAAAAAAACCUGGUUUCCUGUCCAAAUUUUCUUCAGACCAGUUAGAAAUUUUAUUCAAAUGCUUAGAAGACUCAUAUGAAACAGCGUGUGCUUUUGAUACAAGGCCUGGGUUAAAGUUUCUUGUGCAAAAAGUUGCUCAGACAAAUGUUGCUGCAAAUUUAUAUAAACAAGCUGGUGUCAGUUGGUCCAUACAUAUGGUAGUUUUAUUUGAGUUGUGCAUUUCUUCUGCCUGCAUUAACUUAGAUUAUGUGAAGAAUUGUAUUAGCUCUAAUUCCACAAAGGAAUAUCAAGGUGAAAUCAGUUGUCUAGCUACCCCUGAAAUCUCUAAUCAGAAUUUUGAUAACAACAGCAAAGAAUCAGAGAGUUGUCCGGAAAAGAUUUUAAAUGUUUUCUUACUAUUGAGAGACAAAUUUAAAGAAGUUUGUGAAACAUACACUGAAUAUACCAUUGAUAAAGAUGGGCUUUCUUCUAUUGUUGAUCGAAUGAGUGAUCAACCAAUAUUUUUUCUUGCCGCUCCUGCAGAUGAACUAAGUGAUUUUAUAUUUCCUACAAAACCCAAUGAUUCUCAAACUACAGUAAAUAAAGACAAAUCGGAGCCAUGUUAUGACAGUUCAGACUCGGAAGAUACAUACAUGGGUAAUGAAGAAGAAUGCAAAGAUAAGAUUUAUACAAUAGCUAAUAAACAAACUGUAGACGGCUUAAUAAAUGAGUAUAAAAAACGGAAAAAUCAGCAUUCUAUGCCCUCUAGAUUAAAAGAAAGAUUAAGUAAAAGGAAUAGUGAUGGGAGCAAGAAAAGAACUUCAUCCAACAAUUCUGUGCCUGAGGAAAUUGUUAAUCAAAGACGUAAUUCUAUAAUGAAGGAUGGAGAAGCACAUCUUCAGGUGUUCAAACAGUUGAUACAGUCAUUUUUAGAUCUGCAUCAGUCAUUAACUGAUGAACAAUUUCAAGCCUUUUUGCCUGUCUUUUUUCCUGGUGUUCAAUUUUUAGUAGCUUACACAUCUGAUGGUGAACUUCGUUUGUCUAUAUCAGAGUGGCUGCAACGGUUGGCGGUGUGCUGUAAUUUUUAUGUCUCCUCAAGUCCAAGCCACUAAGAAUUAAUUUAAACCCUGACAUAUCUCUCUCAAACUGGUAUUGAGGUUAUUACCCUAUUUAAUGUUGCAUUUAUGUAAGUUGAUGGGAAUCAUUAAAAAGUGUGCUAAUUUUUAAAUUUUGCAUUUUUACAAGCCCCCUAUAUACGCUUGUUGUGGGGAAUCCAACGAUUUGGUCUUGCUUUCCGUGUCGUGUUUU